AUGGCUCUAUCCAGUUGGUGCCUGCUGAACAGACAGGCUGCCAUAGGAAUAUCGGUUGUUUUCAUCAAACAAGAACUAUGGUCCCUGUACGAGGUAACUGCGGGAGCUAGGCUUGCGUGGGGGAAGAGCUCACUGGGAAGCGUUUGUGAGUGUGAAUUUGUAGCAAAACGAAUGAGGGAAGUAAAGCUGUGGGGGGCGUGGCCCAGCCCAUUUCUGAUGAGGUGCAGGAUCGCUCUCAAUCUCAAAUCCAUCCCAUAUGAAUUCCUCGAUGACACAUCCGGGUACAAGAGCCAGCUUCUCCUCCAAUCCAACCCUUUCUACAAAAAGAUCCCAGUUCUCAUCCACAAGGAUAAGCCCAUCUGCGAAUCCAUGAUCAUGGUCCAAUACAUCGACGAAGUCUGGACCGCCGGACCCACAAUCCUCCCCACUGAUCCUUACGAUCGGGCCAUCGCCCGCUUUUGGGCAACCUACAUCGAUGACAAGUGGUUCCCUUCAUUAUCUGGGAUCGCUGGAGCGCAAGGAGAGGAAGAAAAGGCAGCGGCGAUAGAGGAGGUAAUGGUUGGAUUGCAGUCGUUGGAAGAAGCUUUUGAGAAAUGCAGCGAAGGGAAGGGAUUCUUUGGUGGGGAACGCAUUGGUUACCUAGACAUUGCGCUGGGUUGCUACUUGGGGUGGCUAAAGGCGACCCAAAGUAUGACAGGCACCAAGUUUCUCGACAGCGAGAAGCUCCCGCAGUUGACAGGGUGGGCCACGCGCUUCUGUUCAGACAGUUCCGUUAAGGAUGUGAUGCCACAGCCAGAGAAGCUGGUGGAGUUAACCAAGCUGCUUCAGGCCACUUUCAAGGCUCCUGCUCUUUCCAAUUGAACUAGGAUUAGUUUGAAGAAUGUAGAAAGCGUUGCCUUUGCUUAAUAAAAUAUCAUUAUCUAUAAUAAUAAUA